AUGCCAGCCGUUCUAAUUACUGGCGCGACCGGAACCCAAGGAGGCUCGAUUAUCAGAAACCUUAUCGCCAAAAAGUCCCCCUUGGAGAUCCUUGCUGUCACGCGAAAUACCCGCUCUUCAUCUGCCCAAAAGCUGAAGGAGUUAUCAUCCAACAUCAAACUAGUUGAGGGAAACUUGGACGAUCCUGCAGCUCUUUUCCAAAAUGCACGUGAGGUGACGAAGUCCGCUAUUUGGGGAGUCUACAGUGUUCAGGUUGCAAUCGGCAACAGCUCACUAGAGGAGAAGCAAGGAAAGGCUCUCAUUGACGAGUCAUUGAAGCAAAAUGUUCAAUACUUCGUAUACAGCUCUGUGGAUCGAGGUGGCAAUGCAUCUUACGACACUCCCACCGAUGUUCCGCACUUCAUAAACAAGUACAACAUCGAACAUCACCUCGUCCAAAAAAGCAAAAAUACAGAUAUGAAGUGGUUCAUUCUCCGCCCCUCGGCCUUUUAUGAAAAUCUUGCGCCCAGAUUCUUCGGGAAGGUCUUUGCGACCAGUUUCAAAAUGGCACUUAAGGGCAAGCCCUUGCAGAUGGUAGCGGCCGAGGAUAUCGGAUUCUUUGGAGCCGAGGCUUUCAUGCACCCAGAGCAGUACCAGAAUGAUGGUCUGUCACUUGCUGGAGAUGAAUUGACAUACGAUCAGUUUGCACAAAUCUUCGAGCAAAAGACGGGCCAGCCGAUUCCUUUGACAUACCGGAUUCUCUGCUCUGUCUUCAUGGCAUCAAUGAAAGACAUGGGUUAUAUGUUCAAGUGGUUCCAUGACAGCGGCUAUAAGGCAAACAUUCCCGAGUUGAAAAAAAUCAACCCAGACCUCAAAGACUUUGGGACAUGGCUUGAACAAGACAGUGGAUUUGCGAAGCACUGA